UUUUAUGUGACCACUCCUAUCUAUUACGUAAACGGCGAACCACACGCAGGACACGCCUAUACCACCAUCGUCGCUGAUGCUUUGGCGCGCUAUCAUCGCCUCAAAGGGAAUGAUGUUUUCUUCCUUACCGGCGUUGAUGAGCACGGUGCAAACAUACAUAAAGCGGCUGAAAAUUCAGGUCUUUCCCCGCAAGCCUAUUGCGAUAAAAUGGCACCUAUAUUCAUCAAACUUUGGAAACGAUUGAAUAUCUCCAACGACAUCUUCAUGCGGACGACAAGCGAUAUGCACAAGCGCGGCGCGGAGAAAUUCCUCACUGCCCUUUACGACAGCGGGGAUGUCUACAAAGGUUCUUAUGAAGGACAUUAUUGCCGCCCGUGCGAGCGGUUCGUUCCUGAAAAAGAGUUGACGGACGAAAAGCUCUGUCCGAUUCAUAAAUUGCCCUUGGAAUGGCUUGAAGAGGAGAAUUAUUUCUUUAGGCUCUCCAAGUACCAAGAUCGCUUACUCGCGCAUUUCCACGAGAAUCCAGACUUUGUCUAUCCUGCCGCUCGGCGCAAUGAACUUUUGAGCAUUCUCGAUUCCGGAUUGGAAGAUAUCAGCAUAUCUCGUUCCUCCGUUUCAUGGGGAAUUUCUUUGCCGUUUGAUCCUGAGCAUAUCGUCUAUGUCUGGAUCGAGGCGUUGAUGAAUUAUAUGACGGCACUCGGUUAUGAAACCGAUAGUGAGCAGUACCGCACUUUUUGGCCCGCUGAUGUUCACACAAUGGCAAAGGACAUCACCCGUUUUCAUGCGCUGAUCUGGCCCGCAAUGCUGAUGGCUGCUAACCUGCCCCUUCCCAAGCAGGUCGUCGCACACGGGUUUCUGACGAAGGAUGGCGAGGCGUUGAGCAAAACGCGCGGUAUUUGUCAUCGAUAUGGACUGGUGCCAUCGAAACCUACGGAUUGGAUGCGUUCCGUUAUUAUCUCCUGCGCGAAUUUAGUUUCGGAAACGAUGGCGAUUACCGUCCGGAUCGUUUGGCACGCCCGCUACAACGCAGAUCUCGCGAAUGACCUCGGCAACCUCCUCAAUCGCGUUCUCGGUUUAGUCAACAAGAACUUUGAAGGGAUUCCCGAACCGACAACAUCGGGUGAAUUUGACAACGAAAUCACGGCGAUGGCACAGACGACAGCAGAGAAAUUAGACGAGCACAUAAGCGCGUGCGCGUUUGACGUAGCGUUAGAAACCAUCUGGGAAUUUGUCAGACGCAUCAAUCGGUAUGUCCAACAGACGCAGGUCUGGACGCUCGCGAAGCCUGAGACCAAGCCGAGAAUGGGCACGAUCCUUUACAAUAGUUUAGAGGCACUGCGGUUCAUCUCUGUCUUGAUCUCACCUUUUGUUCCGGACACCGCUGAGAAGAUUCAGAAACAGAUCGGUCUAACGGAAUUUGAUACUGUCGCAGAAUGGGGGCGUUUACCUGUAGGAUUGACAGUCAGUAGAGGGGAACCCAUUUUCCCUCGUGUCGAUGUCAAAAAACAGAAACAGAAACAGCCAAAAGAAGCAGCACAACCAAAACAGAAGAAGGCAAAGGAAACGUCAAGACUUGUUUCCUUUGCUGAUUUCCAAAAAUUGGAUCUGCGAGUGGCGCGUAUCCUCAGUGCUGAACCGAUUGAAGGGGCUGACCGACUUCUCAAAUUGCAGGUAGACCUUGGCACUGAAAAACGGCAGAUGGUCGCUGGAAUUGCCGAACACUAUAAACCUGAAGCAUUAGUAGGUAAACAGGUAAUAAUCGUCGCGAAUUUGGAACCCGCCACCAUUCGCAACGUCGAAUCGCACGGCAUGAUCCUCGCAGGGAGCGGUGACUCCGUAGUCUUGGCAACCCUCGAAACAGAAAUGCCGCUCGGUACACAAGUCAGGUAG